AAUCAAAUCAAAUCUUACUUUGUAUACAAGAAUGGAUCGAACUCAGUUGCUUCUGGUUGGGUUACCAAUCUUUCUGCUCUGUACGGACAUUGUAAACCUCUUCACACCUGCUCCUCCCAAACCCCCUUCCCAUCCUCAACCUCAGCCUCACCAUGAUCAAUUCCAAUCCAAAUCCCAACCACAGCAGCAUCUUCUACAAGAACCUCUUCCCUUCCCCAAUCCCAUCCACCAGAAUCCCAUUUCUAAUAUUGGGGGAAAUGGCGUUGGAGCCACCGUCAUUAUCAAUUUCUGCACUUCCUGCUCUUACAGAGGAAAUGCUGUAACAAUGAAAAACAUGCUGGAAAAUGCAUUUCCAGGGGUCAAUGUUGUUUUGGCAAACCACCCUCCUGCCUUCCCGAAACGCAUUGUGAGCAAAGUGAUACCAGUUGUCCAAGUAGGGAUUGUUGGGGUAAUAAUGGCAGGUGAACAAAUUUUCCCAAGGUUGGGGAUUAUGACACCACCAGCUUGGUAUUACUCCCUGCGUGCCAAUAGAUUUGGAAGCAUUGCAAGUGUCUGGCUCUUUGGAAACUUCUUUCAAUCUGCUCUACAGAGUACUGGAGCUUUUGAAGUAUUUUGCAAUGGUGAAUUGGUCUUCUCUAAGCUGAAGGAACAAAGGUUCCCCGGUGAAAUUGAAUUAAGAGGCCUUGUGGAAAAGAGAAUCGGUAUUUCAAGAACAGUUAGUGGCCUUUGAGGAGGUAUUUGGUCCUAAUUUUUGCUUUUGGGGCUGAAGUUCCAACUUUCCAUUUGGACACAGAAAGGCCGACAGAGACAACAAUAGGAACAAUGUUGGUAGUUACAUAUAUUCAAAGUGGGGCACAAGAUUAUAGAUUAUAUGCCAACUUUUAUUGGCCAAUACUGGUGCUUAAGGUGUUUUGUUUGGCUUGUAUUAGCCAUGAUCGAAUAAAUGUGGGUGUAUGAUCAUUUGUUUUUUUAAAUUUGUUUUUAGGGUAAAUUAGUAAAUAUAAUGAGUAAGUUCCAAGGGCAA